AUGCCAGCCAAACCAUACAAAGGUUGUUUUCUAGAGCAACGUCGGGAUCGACUUAAUGUGUUCAUCGACCCUGGCUUUACUGUGCCACUACGGAACCACGGCCCUGCCACCACUGAUUCGCUGCGAAUUGGGCAGGGUGGAUCACACAAAGUGCUCGAGGGACUGGAUGGCGCUCGUAGCGUUGGCGAGGUUGAUACCCUGUUGCGUUUCAACCUCCAUGCACUUCUCGACACCAAGCUUUGGCAGGGCGUCGAAGAAAUUGGUCAUGGCAAAGAUGGCCUGGCUGCCCGCGAACGCUGUCUGUAG